AUGAAUUUAAACAAAUUCAAUGGUUCAAUAUUAUUUCAUCAUCAUAAUAUUAUUAUUAUUAUACAAGCAAUUAUUUUAUGCAUUGCUUGUUUCACUAUUGGUUCAUUAGAAGGCAAAUCAUACUCAUACACCUCACCAUCAUCAUCAUCAUCGGCAUCAUCGGGAUGGUCGAAAGUAAAUCUAUUCAUCAAUCGUACUAAAGAUUGGUCAUUGAAUCUCAAUAAUAUUCAUAAUCAUUAUAAUGUUAUCUAUGCCGAGAACAAUAUUCAUGAACCAGUGCAAAAACGUGCCGUGAAUGAUUUAGAAACCAAAAACGUACAAAAGCGUCAGGUAUCCAAUGUUGAAAACACGACAGAAAAUAUAACGAAUAAUAUAACAGAAAAUACAAGCGAGGAAACGGAACAAAAUGUACUUAUUUCUGAAACCAUAAUAUCAGAUAAUACGACGGCAUCGACAACCACGCACAUCGACACAACCACACCAAUCACAACGGCCACACUCAUCACAACACAAGCAACAACCAGCGACGCGCACACCACCACACUCGAACAAACCACAUCGCCACAAACAACACAAACACCGACAACACCCACAACACAGUCCGAAACUCACACGCCAACCACUGUUGCAACCACGCAGACUAGCACUGUCACACACACGGAAACGCCAGCCACCACACACGCCACAACCGAAUCAACAACGCCAACUCAAACACCCACAACCUCGACCACCACAAUUGUGACAACAUCGCCACCACCGACCACAGCUACACCGACACCGUCCACACCAACCACCAUCGCCACACCACAAUCACAAACAUCCACUGAGCAAAGCACAAUCACAACUGCAACAACACCAUUCUCUACAACCACCGACGCGCACACAGCUCAGUCGACGACCACAGCCCCAGUCACAACACCGGAGAGCACAACCACCACAACGCUCACACCCACUACCCAGCAUUCACAAACAGACACCACCACCCUGUUGACAACUCCGGCCACACCAACCGCUACGACGGCAUCGACAACCACGCACAUCGACACAACCACACCAAUCACAACGGCCACACUCAUCACAACACAAGCAACAACCAGCGACGCGCACACCACCACACUCGAACAAACCACAUCGCCACAAACAACACAAACACCGACAACACCCACAACACAGUCCGAAACUCACACGCCAACCACUGUUGCAACCACGCAGACUAGCACUGUCACACACACGGAAACGCCAGCCACCACACACGCCACAACCGAAUCAACAACGCCAACUCAAACACCCACAACCUCGACCACCACAAUUGUGACAACAUCGCCACCACCGACCACAGCUACACCGACACCGUCCACACCAACCACCAUCGCCACACCACAAUCACAAACAUCCACUGAGCAAAGCACAAUCACAACUGCAACAACACCAUUCUCUACAACCACCGACGCGCACACAGCUCAGUCGACGACCACAGCCCCAGUCACAACACCGGAGAGCACAACCACCACAACGCUCACACCCACUACCCAGCAUUCACAAACAGACACCACCACCCUGUUGACAACUCCGGCCACACCAACCGCUACGACGGCAUCGACAACCAUGCACAUCGACACAACCACACCAAUCACAACGGCCACACUCAUCACAACACAAGCAACAACCAGCGACGCGCACACCACCACACUCGAACAAACCACAUCGCCACAAACAACACAAACACCGACAACACCCACAACACAGUCCGAAACUCACACGCCAACCACUGUUGCAACCACGCAGACUAGCACUGUCACACACACGGAAACGCCAGCCACCACACACGCCACAACCGAAUCAACAACGCCAACUCAAACACCCACAACCUCGACCACCACAAUUGUGACAACAUCGCCACCACCGACCACAGCUACACCGACACCGUCCACACCAACCACCAUCGCCACACCACAAUCACAAACAUCCACUGAGCAAAGCACAAUCACAACUGCAACAACACCAUUCUCUACAACCACCGACGCGCACACAGCUCAGUCGACGACCACAGCCCCAGUCACAACACCGGAGAGCACAACCACCACAACGCUCACACCCACUACCCAGCAUUCACAAACAGACACCACCACCCUGUUGACAACUCCGGCCACACCAACCGCUACGACGGCAUCGACAACCAUGCACAUCGACACAACCACACCAAUCACAACGGCCACACUCAUCACAACACAAGCAACAACCAGCGACGCGCACACCACCACACUCGAACAAACCACAUCGCCACAAACAACACAAACACCGACAACACCCACAACACAGUCCGAAACUCACACGCCAACCACUGUUGCAACCACGCAGACUAGCACUGUCACACACACGGAAACGCCAGCCACCACACACGCCACAACCGAAUCAACAACGCCAACUCAAACACCCACAACCUCGACCACCACAAUUGUGACAACAUCGCCACCACCGACCACAGCUACACCGACACCGUCCACACCAACCACCAUCGCCACACCACAAUCACAAACAUCCACUGAGCAAAGCACAAUCACAACUGCAACAACACCAUUCUCUACAACCACCGACGCGCACACAGCUCAGUCGACGACCACAGCCCCAGUCACAACACCGGAGAGCACAACCACCACAACGCUCACACCCACUACCCAGCAUUCACAAACAGACACCACCACCCUGUUGACAACUCCGGCCACACCAACCGCUACGACGGCAUCGACAACCAUGCACAUCGACACAACCACACCAAUCACAACGGCCACACUCAUCACAACACAAGCAACAACCAGCGACGCGCACACCACCACACUCGAACAAACCACAUCGCCACAAACAACACAAACACCGACAACACCCACAACACAGUCCGAAACUCACACGCCAACCACUGUUGCAACCACGCAGACUAGCACUGUCACACACACGGAAACGCCAGCCACCACACACGCCACAACCGAAUCAACAACGCCAACUCAAACACCCACAACCUCGACCACCACAAUUGUGACAACAUCGCCACCACCGACCACAGCUACACCGACACCGUCCACACCAACCACCAUCGCCACACCACAAUCACAAACAUCCACUGAGCAAAGCACAAUCACAACUGCAACAACACCAUUCUCUACAACCACCGACGCGCACACAGCUCAGUCGACGACCACAGCCCCAGUCACAACACCGGAGAGCACAACCACCACAACGCUCACACCCACUACCCAGCAUUCACAAACAGACACCACCACCCUGUUGACAACUCCGGCCACACCAACCGCUACGACGGCAUCGACAACCACGCACAUCGACACAACCACACCAAUCACAACGGCCACACUCAUCACAACACAAGCAACAACCAGCGACGCGCACACCACCACACUCGAACAAACCACAUCGCCACAAACAACACAAACACCGACAACACCCACAACACAGUCCGAAACUCACACGCCAACCACUGUUGCAACCACGCAGACUAGCACUGUCACACACACGGAAACGCCAGCCACCACACACGCCACAACCGAAUCAACAACGCCAACUCAAACACCCACAACCUCGACCACCACAAUUGUGACAACAUCGCCACCACCGACCACAGCUACACCGACACCGUCCACACCAACCACCAUCGCCACACCACAAUCACAAACAUCCACUGAGCAAAGCACAAUCACAACUGCAACAACACCAUUCUCUACAACCACCGACGCGCACACAGCUCAGUCGACGACCACAGCCCCAGUCACAACACCGGAGAGCACAACCACCACAACGCUCACACCCACUACCCAGCAUUCACAAACAGACACCACCACCCUGUUGACAACUCCGGCCACACCAACCGCUACGACGGCAUCGACAACCAUGCACAUCGACACAACCACACCAAUCACAACGGCCACACUCAUCACAACACAAGCAACAACCAGCGACGCGCACACCACCACACUCGAACAAACCACAUCGCCACAAACAACACAAACACCGACAACACCCACAACACAGUCCGAAACUCACACGCCAACCACUGUUGCAACCACGCAGACUAGCACUGUCACACACACGGAAACGCCAGCCACCACACACGCCACAACCGAAUCAACAACGCCAACUCAAACACCCACAACCUCGACCACCACAAUUGUGACAACAUCGCCACCACCGACCACAGCUACACCGACACCGUCCACACCAACCACCAUCGCCACACCACAAUCACAAACAUCCACUGAGCAAAGCACAAUCACAACUGCAACAACACCAUUCUCUACAACCACCGACGCGCACACAGCUCAGUCGACGACCACAGCCCCAGUCACAACACCGGAGAGCACAACCACCACAACGCUCACACCCACUACCCAGCAUUCACAAACAGACACCACCACCCUGUUGACAACUCCGGCCACACCAACCGCUACGACGGCAUCGACAACCACGCACAUCGAGACAUCCAUACCGGUCACUACUCUUUCGCCUUCAAUUUUUGUCGCUUCUUCUUCAUCCACUCUGAAUUCUGCUAGCAGCUUAUCUAAUUUAUCUACAACCUCUUCACCGAAAUUGUCUUCAACUGCUAGUUCUACAGAUAUUUUCCGUCGUGUUUCUGCAUCCCUGCCUCCUUUAUCCUUCGAAUUGGCUGCAACGCUGCCUGUUUUUUUCAAUGCCGUUGAUUAUACUUCAGCAACCAUCCGUUUCUCUACCACCGUUGCCUCUGUCACUGUUUCUUCUUCCAAUUUCAUCUCAACAAAUUAUUGGAUUGAUUCAACAAUUUAUCAUCAAUCAAAUAAUACUGCAAUCGAUUGGGAUGUAUCAUAUGCUGAUAAAACAUCACUAAACUAUGCUACAUUAUCAACAAAAUAUUGUAAUAUUAUUAUGAAAAUUUUACAAAAAGCUCCACUUACUGCUAACAAACAAAAAGCUUGCAUAAAUGUUAUCUUUUCACCAAGACAAUUAUUAAUUAUUUGGGAAAAACGACAAGCUGCCUCCUCCAAUUCAUCAUCCAAUGUAGUUGGUGGUAAUGCAACUAUACAAAUUAAUUCCACAUCGAAUGAUGUCAUCAAUGCAAGUGAUUUUACAAAUACAUUCAUUACUACAUAUAAUACAAGUAGUGUGUCAAAUGAUACAAUACAAUUGUUUGAUAUACAAGCAGGACAACCAACAAUCACUACUGACCAAGUGACAUCGACAAAUGCAGGUGCAACAUUAUUCACUGUCUCUCCAUCCACCGCAUCAACCACCAUCAAUCCGAACGCAACCAUCAUCACACUAUCCACAACUGCACCACUCUCCACAACACCCUCCGUCGCAGCAAACUCCUCAACCACACCCACCAGCAUCACUGCAACACCGGCUACACAGAACACUACCACUCUACCAUCCACAAUCACUACUGAUUCACUCGCCACAACAACCACAUCUGUCACCACAGCGUCUCAGUCAACACCACUCUCAACUGGCACUGUGACCACAACGCCCAGCAACUCCACCGCAACUGCUGGUCCAACACUAUCCACUGUCUCUCCAUCCACCGCAUCAACCACCAUCAAUCCGAACGCAACCAUCAUCACACUAUCCACAACUGCACCACUCUCCACAACACCCUCCGUCGCAGCAAACUCCUCAACCACACCCACCAGCAUCACUGCAACACCGGCUACACAGAACACUACCACUCUACCAUCCACAAUCACUACUGAUUCACUCGCCACAACAACCACAUCUGUCACCACAGCGUCUCAGUCAACACCACUCUCAACUGGCACUGUGACCACAACGCCCAGCAACUCCACCGCAACUGCUGGUCCAACACUAUCCACUGUCUCUCCAUCCACCGCAUCAACCACCAUCAAUCCGAACGCAACCAUCAUCACACUAUCCACAACUGCACCACUCUCCACAACACCCUCCGUCGCAGCAAACUCCUCAACCACACCCACCAGCAUCACUGCAACACCGGCUACACAGAACACUACCACUCUACCAUCCACAAUCACUACUGAUUCACUCGCCACAACAACCACAUCUGUCACCACAGCGUCUCAGUCAACACCACUCUCAACUGGCACUGUGACCACAACGCCCAGCAACUCCACCGCAACUGCUGGUCCAACACUAUCCACUGUCUCUCCAUCCACCGCAUCAACCACCAUCAAUCCGAACGCAACCAUCAUCACACUAUCCACAACUGCACCACUCUCCACAACACCCUCCGUCGCAGCAAACUCCUCAACCACACCCACCAGCAUCACUGCAACACCGGCUACACAGAACACUACCACUCUACCAUCCACAAUCACUACUGAUUCACUCGCCACAACAACCACAUCUGUCACCACAGCGUCUCAGUCAACACCACUCUCAACUGGCACUGUGACCACAACGCCCAGCAACUCCACCGCAACUGCUGGUCCAACACUAUCCACUGUCUCUCCAUCCACCGCAUCAACCACCAUCAAUCCGAACGCAACCAUCAUCACACUAUCCACAACUGCACCACUCUCCACAACACCCUCCGUCGCAGCAAACUCCUCAACCACACCCACCAGCAUCACUGCAACACCGGCUACACAGAACACUACCACUCUACCAUCCACAAUCACUACUGAUUCACUCGCCACAACAACCACAUCUGUCACCACAGCGUCUCAGUCAACACCACUCUCAACUGGCACUGUGACCACAACGCCCAGCAACUCCACCGCAACUGCUGGUCCAACACUAUCCACUGUCUCUCCAUCCACCGCAUCAACCACCAUCAAUCCGAACGCAACCAUCAUCACACUAUCCACAACUGCACCACUCUCCACAACACCCUCCGUCGCAGCAAACUCCUCAACCACACCCACCAGCAUCACUGCAACACCGGCUACACAGAACACUACCACUCUACCAUCCACAAUCACUACUGAUUCACUCGCCACAACAACCACAUCUGUCACCACAGCGUCUCAGUCAACACCACUCUCAACUGGCACUGUGACCACAACGCCCAGCAACUCCACCGCAACUGCUGGUCCAACACUAUCCACUGUCUCUCCAUCCACCGCAUCAACCACCAUCAAUCCGAACGCAACCAUCAUCACACUAUCCACAACUGCACCACUCUCCACAACACCCUCCGUCGCAGCAAACUCCUCAACCACACCCACCAGCAUCACUGCAACACCGGCUACACAGAACACUACCACUCUACCAUCCACAAUCACUACUGAUUCACUCGCCACAACAACCACAUCUGUCACCACAGCGUCUCAGUCAACACCACUCUCAACUGGCACUGUGACCACAACGCCCAGCAACUCCACCGCAACUGCUGGUCCAACACUAUCCACUGUCUCUCCAUCCACCGCAUCAACCACCAUCAAUCCGAACGCAACCAUCAUCACACUAUCCACAACUGCACCACUCUCCACAACACCCUCCGUCGCAGCAAACACCUCAACCACACCCACCAGCAUCACUGCAACACCGGCUACACAGAACACUACCACUCUACCAUCCACAAUCACUACUGAUUCACUCGCCACAACAACCACAUCUGUCACCACAGCGUCUCAGUCAACACCACUCUCAACUGGCACUGUGACCACAACGCCCAGCAACUCCACCGCAACUGCUGGUCCAACACUAUCCACUGUCUCUCCAUCCACCGCAUCAACCACCAUCAAUCCGAACGCAACCAUCAUCACACUAUCCACAACUGCACCACUCUCCACAACACCCUCCGUCGCAGCAAACUCCUCAACCACACCCACCAGCAUCACUGCAACACCGGCUACACAGAACACUACCACUCUACCAUCCACAAUCACUACUGAUUCACUCGCCACAACAACCACAUCUGUCACCACAGCGUCUCAGUCAACACCACUCUCAACUGGCACUGUGACCACAACGCCCAGCAACUCCACCGCAACUGCUGGUCCAACACUAUCCACUGUCUCUCCAUCCACCGCAUCAACCACCAUCAAUCCGAACGCAACCAUCAUCACACUAUCCACAACUGCACCACUCUCCACAACACCCUCCGUCGCAGCAAACUCCUCAACCACACCCACCAGCAUCACUGCAACACCGGCUACACAGAACACUACCACUCUACCAUCCACAAUCACUACUGAUUCACUCGCCACAACAACCACAUCUGUCACCACAGCGUCUCAGUCAACACCACUCUCAACUGGCACUGUGACCACAACGCCCAGCAACUCCACCGCAACUGCUGGUCCAACACUAUCCACUGUCUCUCCAUCCACCGCAUCAACCACCAUCAAUCCGAACGCAACCAUCAUCACACUAUCCACAACUGCACCACUCUCCACAACACCCUCCCAAACAUCCUCAACCACACCCACCAGCAUCACUGCAACACCGGCUACACAGAACACUACCACUCUACCAUCCACAAUCACUACUGAUUCACUCGCCACAACAACCACAUCUGUCACCACAGCGUCUCAGUCAACACCACUCUCAACUGGCACUGUGACCACAACGCCCAGCAACUCCACCGCAACUGCUGGUCCAACACUAUCCACUGUCUCUCCAUCCACCGCAUCAACCACCAUCAAUCCGAACGCAACCAUCAUCACACUAUCCACAACUGCACCACUCUCCACAACACCCUCCGUCGCAGCAAACACCUCAACCACACCCACCAGCAUCACUGCAACACCGGCUACACAGAACACUACCACUCUACCAUCCACAAUCACUACUGAUUCACUCGCCACAACAACCACAUCUGUCACCACAGCGUCUCAGUCAACACCACUCUCAACUGGCACUGUGACCACAACGCCCAGCAACUCCACCGCAACUGCUGGUCCAACACUAUCCACUGUCUCUCCAUCCACCGCAUCAACCACCAUCAAUCCGAACGCAACCAUCAUCACACUAUCCACAACUGCACCACUCUCCACAACACCCUCCGUCGCAGCAAACUCCUCAACCACACCCACCAGCAUCACUGCAACACCGGCUACACAGAACACUACCACUCUACCAUCCACAAUCACUACUGAUUCACUCGCCACAACAACCACAUCUGUCACCACAGCGUCUCAGUCAACACCACUCUCAACUGGCACUGUGACCACAACGCCCAGCAACUCCACCGCAACUGCUGGUCCAACACUAUCCACUGUCUCUCCAUCCACCGCAUCAACCACCAUCAAUCCGAACGCAACCAUCAUCACACUAUCCACAACUGCACCACUCUCCACAACACCCUCCGUCGCAGCAAACACCUCAACCACACCCACCAGCAUCACUGCAACACCGGCUACACAGAACACUACCACUCUACCAUCCACAAUCACUACUGAUUCACUCGCCACAACAACCACAUCUGUCACCACAGCGUCUCAGUCAACACCACUCUCAACUGGCACUGUGACCACAACGCCCAGCAACUCCACCGCAACUGCUGGUCCAACACUAUCCACUGUCUCUCCAUCCACCGCAUCAACCACCAUCAAUCCGAACGCAACCAUCAUCACACUAUCCACAACUGCACCACUCUCCACAACACCCUCCGUCGCAGCAAACUCCUCAACCACACCCACCAGCAUCACUGCAACACCGGCUACACAGAACACUACCACUCUACCAUCCACAAUCACUACUGAUUCACUCGCCACAACAACCACAUCUGUCACCACAGCGUCUCAGUCAACACCACUCUCAACUGGCACUGUGACCACAACGCCCAGCAACUCCACCGCAACUGCUGGUCCAACACUAUCCACUGUCUCUCCAUCCACCGCAUCAACCACCAUCAAUCCGAACGCAACCAUCAUCACACUAUCCACAACUGCACCACUCUCCACAACACCCUCCGUCGCAGCAAACUCCUCAACCACACCCACCAGCAUCACUGCAACACCGGCUACACAGAACACUACCACUCUACCAUCCACAAUCACUACUGAUUCACUCGCCACAACAACCACAUCUGUCACCACAGCGUCUCAGUCAACACCACUCUCAACUGGCACUGUGACCACAACGCCCAGCAACUCCACCGCAACUGCUGGUCCAACACUAUCCACUGUCUCUCCAUCCACCGCAUCAACCACCAUCAAUCCGAACGCAACCAUCAUCACACUAUCCACAACUGCACCACUCUCCACAACACCCUCCGUCGCAGCAAACACCUCAACCACACCCACCAGCAUCACUGCAACACCGGCUACACAGAACACUACCACUCUACCAUCCACAAUCACUACUGAUUCACUCGCCACAACAACCACAUCUGUCACCACAGCGUCUCAGUCAACACCACUCUCAACUGGCACUGUGACCACAACGCCCAGCAACUCCACCGCAACUGCUGCUCCAACACUAUCCACUGUCUCUCCAUCCACCGCAUCAACCACCAUCAAUCCGAACGCAACCAUCAUCACACUAUCCACAACUGCACCACUCUCCACAACACCCUCCGUCGCAGCAAACACCUCAACCACACCCACCAGCAUCACUGCAACACCGGCUACACAGAACACUACCACUCUACCAUCCACAAUCACUACUGAUUCACUCGCCACAACAACCACAUCUGUCACCACAGCGUCUCAGUCAACACCACUCUCAACUGGCACUGUGACCACAACGCCCAGCAACUCCACCGCAACUGCUGGUCCAACACUAUCCACUGUCUCUCCAUCCACCGCAUCAACCACCAUCAAUCCGAACGCAACCAUCAUCACACUAUCCACAACUGCACCACUCUCCACAACACCCUCCGUCGCAGCAAACUCCUCAACCACACCCACCAGCAUCACUGCAACACCGGCUACACAGAACACUACCACUCUACCAUCCACAAUCACUACUGAUUCACUCGCCACAACAACCACAUCUGUCACCACAGCGUCUCAGUCAACACCACUCUCAACUGGCACUGUGACCACAACGCCCAGCAACUCCACCGCAACUGCUGGUCCAACACUAUCCACUGUCUCUCCAUCCACCGCAUCAACCACCAUCAAUCCGAACGCAACCAUCAUCACACUAUCCACAACUGCACCACUCUCCACAACACCCUCCGUCGCAGCAAACUCCUCAACCACACCCACCAGCAUCACUGCAACACCGGCUACACAGAACACUACCACUCUACCAUCCACAAUCACUACUGAUUCACUCGCCACAACAACCACAUCUGUCACCACAGCGUCUCAGUCAACACCACUCUCAACUGGCACUGUGACCACAACGCCCAGCAACUCCACCGCAACUGCUGGUCCAACACUAUCCACUGUCUCUCCAUCCACCGCAUCAACCACCAUCAAUCCGAACGCAACCAUCAUCACACUAUCCACAACUGCACCACUCUCCACAACACCCUCCGUCGCAGCAAACACCUCAACCACACCCACCAGCAUCACUGCAACACCGGCUACACAGAACACUACCACUCUACCAUCCACAAUCACUACUGAUUCACUCGCCACAACAACCACAUCUGUCACCACAGCGUCUCAGUCAACACCACUCUCAACUGGCACUGUGACCACAACGCCCAGCAACUCCACCGCAACUGCUGGUCCAACGCUAUCCACUGUCUCUCUAUCCACCGCUUCAUCUACCAUUAAUGCGAUCGGAAUUACCCAAAUUCUUCCUACUCUCUCUGGUAUCAUAGCGGAAGAACUGACCGGUUUAUUGAAUGUAACGACUAAAAUAACACAGAAUCCAACAACUGAAAACACAAGUGGCACAACAAAUAAUCAAGUGACAGCAACUUCUCCUACACUGACAAUAAUUACACCCUCCAACGCAACAUCCACACCACCACCACUGUCCUCUCUGGCCACUACCAGUGCUUCCGAUUCCCAAUUCACCGGAUCUACAACACCACGACCAACAUCCACUCCCUCGAACGACACUGCAUCACCGCCGACUCAGUCUUCCACACUCACAGCAUCACCAUCGUCAACUAACACACAAACGUCAGCUCCGUUCUCACAAGCAUCAGUCACGGCGUCCACAUCAUUCAACCUGUCACAGACUACUCACGCUGCAACUACAGCAACUUCUCCUACACUGACAAUAAUUACACCCUCCAACGCAACAUCCACACCACCACCACCACUGUCCUCUCUGGCCACUACCAAUGCUUCCGAUUCCCAAUUCACCGGAUCUACAACACCACGACCAACAUCCACUCCCUCGAACGACACUGCAUCACCGCCGACUCAGUCUUCCACACUCACAGCAUCACCAUCGUCAACUAACACACAAACGUCAGCUCCGUUCUCACAAGCAUCAGUCACGGCGUCCACAUCAUUCAACCUGUCACAGACUACUCACGCUGCAACUACAGCAACUUCUCCUACACUGACAAUAAUUACACCCUCCAACGCAACAUCCACACCACCACCACCACUGUCCUCUCUGGCCACUACCAGUGCUUCCGAUUCCCAAUUCACCGGAUCUACAACACCACGACCAACAUCCACUCCCUCGAACGACACUGCAUCACCGCCGACUCAGUCUUCCACACUCACAGCAUCACCAUCGUCAACUAACACACAAACGUCAGCUCCGUUCUCACAAGCAUCAGUCACGGCGUCCACAUCAUUCAACCUGUCACAGACUACUCACGCUGCAACUACAGCAACUUCUCCUACACUGACAAUAAUUACACCCUCCAACGCAACAUCCACACCACCACCACCACUGUCCUCUCUGGCCACUACCAAUGCUUCCGAUUCCCAAUUCACCGGAUCUACAACACCACGACCAACAUCCACUCCCUCGAACGACACUGCAUCACCGCCGACUCAGUCUUCCACACUCACAGCAUCACCAUCGUCAACUAACACACAAACGUCAGCUCCGUUCUCACAAGCAUCAGUCACGGCGUCCACAUCAUUCAACCUGUCACAGACUACUCACGCUGCAACUACAGCAACUUCUCCUACACUGACAAUAAUUACACCCUCCAACGCAACAUCCACACCACCACCACCACUGUCCUCUCUGGCCACUACCAGUGCUUCCGAUUCCCAAUUCACCGGAUCUACAACACCACGACCAACAUCCACUCCCUCGAACGACACUGCAUCACCGCCGACUCAGUCUUCCACACUCACAGCAUCACCAUCGUCAACUAACACACAAACGUCAGCUCCGUUCUCACAAGCAUCAGUCACGGCGUCCACAUCAUUCAACCUGUCACAGACUACUCACGCUGCAACUACAGCAACUUCUCCUACACUGACAAUAAUUACACCCUCCAACGCAACAUCCACACCACCACCACCACUGUCCUCUCUGGCCACUACCAAUGCUUCCGAUUCCCAAUUCACCGGAUCUACAACACCACGACCAACAUCCACUCCCUCGAACGACACUGCAUCACCGCCGACUCAGUCUUCCACACUCACAGCAUCACCAUCGUCAACUAACACACAAACGUCAGCUCCGUUCUCACAAGCAUCAGUCACGGCGUCCACAUCAUUCAACCUGUCACAGACUACUCACGCUGCAACUACAGCAACUUCUCCUACACUGACAAUAAUUACACCCUCCAACGCAACAUCCACACCACCACCACCACUGUCCUCUCUGGCCACUACCAGUGCUUCCGAUUCCCAAUUCACCGGAUCUACAACACCACGACCAACAUCCACUCCCUCGAACGACACUGCAUCACCGCCGACUCAGUCUUCCACACUCACAGCAUCACCAUCGUCAACUAACACACAAACGUCAGCUCCGUUCUCACAAGCAUCAGUCACGGCGUCCACAUCAUUCAACCUGUCACAGACUACUCACGCUGCAACUACAGCAACUUCUCCUACACUGACAAUAAUUACACCCUCCAACGCAACAUCCACACCACCACCACCACUGUCCUCUCUGGCCACUACCAGUGCUUCCGAUUCCCAAUUCACCGGAUCUACAACACCACGACCAACAUCCACUCCCUCGAACGACACUGCAUCACCGCCGACUCAGUCUUCCACACUCACAGCAUCACCAUCGUCAACUAACACACAAACGUCAGCUCCGUUCUCACAAGCAUCAGUCACGGCGUCCACAUCAUUCAACCUGUCACAGACUACUCACGCUGCAACUACAGCAACUUCUCCUACACUGACAAUAAUUACACCCUCCAACGCAACAUCCACACCACCACCACCACUGUCCUCUCUGGCCACUACCAGUGCUUCCGAUUCCCAAUUCACCGGAUCUACAACACCACGACCAACAUCCACUCCCUCGAACGACACUGCAUCACCGCCGACUCAGUCUUCCACACUCACAGCAUCACCAUCGUCAACUAACACACAAACGUCAGCUCCGUUCUCACAAGCAUCAGUCACGGCGUCCACAUCAUUCAACCUGUCACAGACUACUCACGCUGCAACUACAGCAACUUCUCCUACACUGACAAUAAUUACACCCUCCAACGCAACAUCCACACCACCACCACCACUGUCCUCUCUGGCCACUACCAGUGCUUCCGAUUCCCAAUUCACCGGAUCUACAACACCACGACCAACAUCCACUCCCUCGAACGACACUGCAUCACCGCCGACUCAGUCUUCCACACUCACAGCAUCACCAUCGUCAACUAACACACAAACGAAUGUUAGUGCAGCUUCUACGCUAUCGGUUUCGGUGCUGGAUCAGAAUUUGUCCUCGUCUUCAUCGCAAUUCGUUCAUUCAGUUACUGCGACAUUUUCAACUCCUCGUUCAUUGGAUUCUUUAAAUGCUUCAGACUCACCUGUUUUUACAUCCACUCCACUGUUUUCGACUUCCGCAUUUCUCUCUACGUCAAUAUCACGCUCGUCAUUAUCCGCUGGUAUUCCGCUUAUCAUCUCUACAACAAGUGUUUCCCCAUCCGUUGAUUCUUCGUCUUCGCAGGAGAUAUUACCUACUACUACUACACCGAAGCCUGCAACAACGACUGGAAGUACUACCGCUACUACAAAAGCACCGAAUAUCACAACAGCACAAGCACAAGUUGAAGUAGUGUCGACUACAACGACAACUCCGAAAACCACUGGUACAACAACACCUAGUUUUGAUGGAGUACCUACAUAUAGUUUUGUUGAAUUUUCUUUAGGAACACGACCAUCAACAGCAAUCACACCAGUUGCUCUACCAUUAGUCUCUACAAAAUUUGACAUUAAAUCAAAAAUCUAUAAUCAAGGUAAUGAUACACCAGUAGAAUGGAUUGAAGAGUAUAGUAAUACAAAUUCACCGGGUUAUGCUAAUUUAAAAUCAAAAUAUUGUGAUUUGUUAAUAUACUACUUACAACAAGGUGAUGAAAGUGCCACAAAUGGUGCCAGUUGUGAAAAAGUCACUUUUACACCAGUCACAUCAAAACGACCCGAUGGUACAGUAAUUCGAGCUGUACAAGCUGAUACAGUGAUGAGUGUACCAACCACUAUAGGUACACAAUUAACUGGUAGUCAACUUUAUGGUCUAUUUACAAAAGGAUACAAUAAAACAAACAGUUCACCAUCAUCAAUUAAGUUAGAUGCUUUAGAUGUUCAACGUUCUACUGGUACAGUAACAUGUUCACAAUUUACUAAUCCAUGUGGAGAACAUGCUACAUGUCGUGAUUCACCACCUGGUAUUACUUGCUUUUGUAAUUCAAUGUGGAAAGAUAUGAAUCCAAGUGAUCCUGGUAAACAGUGUGCUUUACAUCCAGCUGCAAUUGCAUUAAUCGCUUUAGCAGCAUUGCUGUUAUUGGCCGCAUUGAUUUUACUACUUAUCUGUCUACUACGUAGACGUCGUAGAAGGAAUAGUUCUAUUUUAGCAGCAACUGAUAUAGGAGCAUUGCAAAGAACAAGACGAACUAUGUCAUGGCAAUCCAAAUUAAGUAGAAAUAAAAUUGGACUUGAUGAUGAUGAUGAAUUACCUUCAUUACCUCGGGCCUCAGUGACAGGUAGUGGAUUUGGAUUAACACCGAUUCCAUCAUCGCCAGUUCCACCGACCGGUUUACCAAUGCCAUCUACUCCAGCAGGCAGUAACAUGAUUGGAGGUCUUCCACAAAUGGUUGGGAAUGCACUCCCUUCCGCAGCAUCAACACUACCAUUGAGUGGGAUCGGAAGUGGCUUACCAAGUAAUAUGGUCAGUGGUUUGCAACAGAUUCCAGCAUCGCCAGUUGUAGCGACGGGUUUACCGAUGCCACCUACUCCAGCAGCCAGUAAAAUGAUUGGAGGUCUUCCACAAAUGGUCGGGAAUGCAUUCCCUUCCGCAACAUCAACACUACCAUUGAGUGGGAUCGGAAGUGGUUUACCAAGUAAUAUGGUCAGUGGUUUGCAACAGAUUCCAGCAUCACCAUUUGCACGUGGUGCAAGUAUGCCGUUUUCUGCUUUGGGUAAUAAUAUGACUGGUAAUCUUUCUCAGAUCCUUGGAACGACAACUGGACUGACAGGCACAACACUUUCUUCCAACACAGUCGACAGAAUCGUGCCUCGGGGUUUGUCCAAAGUGACAACUGCAGUCCCCUCUCCACAAACUCUAUCGACAAAUAUGCAAAUUCCUAAAUCUGCAACUACAUUUAAUAAGUUAACCAAUGCAUCACAAUUAAUACCGCAAACUACCACAAUUAAUCCAUCCAUUCCUCAAAAUUCAUCGGUCAAUACAAAUAUAUUCAAUUUUGAACGUCUAGAUUGA